GUACUACUAUUAUAUUUACUAUAAUAAUCAAUAAUGUUCAAUAAAAUCAUAGCCGGCUCAGUUGCCUAUGUUAUGCUGUCAUUCAUUGUCAGCGUUUACGCUCAAGCCUGUCCACCGGGAUGGAGCCUGGCACCUGACAACACGUGCGUGAUCAUUGGCCCCAACACGGGCAUGACCUACGGUGCUGCGCUAGCCUAUUGCAAAAACACGUACGGCGCUCACCUGAUCACCGACAAAAAUAGCAUGAAAAAUACCUUUUUGACCACGCUAUUCGCGUCAGCGAACCUGGGCGGUAGCGCGUGGCUAUGGACCACCAGGGUGGACAUUGGCGAUAACAAGUCCACCAGUUUCAUAUGGUCCGACGGCGACAACAUGACCAUGUACAAUAACUUCGCCAGUACCGAUCCCAAUAAUGCCGGUGGUAAUCAGAUAUGCGUGUGGGCGUACAUACCAAACGGUAAUCAGUGGUACGAUGACACUUGCAGUGAUACUCAGUGGAGCGGCAAUAAUAUCAUAGCG